GUCCGUUGUCCAAUCAUAAAGCCGGUAAUGGAAACAGGCACAACCUUAGCGGCGCACACUUCUUCUUCUUUGGUGCUACUGUAUUUAACUUCCGGCUUCAUCGUCCUCUGUAAAUCACAACAAUGGGCAGUGUUUUGGCUGCCGGCUCCCCCAACCCCCCACCACCCGCCUCCGGUGGUGCCGCAUCCCCCGGGUUGACGGUGCCGCCCGGCUUCGGGAUGCCCCCAGUUCUACCUUCCAGCGGGGAAGCCUCAGGACAGGAUCAGGAGGAUGGCAGCCGCUUACCUAACCCCGGUACAUUUGAUGAGUGCCAUCGCAAGUGCAAAGAGGUUUUCCCAAUGCAGAUGGAGGGCGUCAGGCUAUUUGUCAACAAGGGCCUUAGCAACCACUUCCAGGUGAAUCACACUCUGCUGCUGAGCACCAUGGGAGAUUCCACCUACAGGUUCGGUGCCACAUACGUCGGAACAAAGCAGAUGGGUCCGGCAGAGUUUUUUCCAGUCAUGGUUGGAGACAUCGACAACAGUGGCAGCCUCAACGCCCAGAUCAUCCACCAGAUCGCCAACGGAGUGCGAUCCAAACUCGCCUUCCAGACUCAACAGCAGAAGUUUGUGAACUGGCAAUGCGACGCCGAGUUUAAGGGAGAAGAUUAUACUGCAACGGUUACUCUUGGAAACCCCGACGUCCUCGUGGGCUCCGGUAUUGUCGUAACGCACUACCUCCAGUCCAUAACGCCGGCUCUGGCUCUGGGAGGGGAGCUGGUUUACCACAGCAGGCCGGGAGAGGAGGGCACCGUGAUGUCUUUAGCGGGCCGAUACACAGGCAGCAACUACAUUGCCACGUUGACACUGGGCUCGGCGGGAGCUCACGCUUCGUACUAUCACAAAGCCAACGAGCAGCUGCAGCUCGGUGUGGAGUUGGAGGCGAGCACCCGCAUGCAGGACACCAGCGUGUCCUUCGGCUACCAGCUAGAUGUACCUAAAGCUAAUUUGCUGUUUAAAGGUUCAGUAGACAGUAACUGGGUCGUUGGUGCAACGUUAGAAAAGAAGCUGCUCCCACUGCCGCUCUCUCUGGUCCUCUGCACCUUCCUCAACCACCAGAAGAACAAGUUCCAGUGCGGCUUUGGGGUCACCAUCGGUUAGAGUGAACGAGCAGACUCCGCCAUGUACAACGCUGCGUGUGUGUGUCUCCCAUCAGUUCUUCAGUCAUCGCCUUACUGCUUUCAGAAGGUAGUAAAGCUAUAGGUAAAUAAAAUUGGAGGCGUUUAAUCCUGUUAGAAUCAUUAAACAAACAAUGGGAUUGGUUAGAAUUUGUUUACUGCGGACUCUUGGUGCAAACCAAUAGUGGAAACACACAGAGAGACAUUAUGGAACUGCUUGUUUUAUUCACUGAGUUCAGUGCCUGACGAUCCAGUCUUGAGUUUUAUUCCUUUUCUUUUUCUUUUUUUUUACUGUAAAUCUGUCUUGGCGUCCAGCGAAAUGAAAUCGUUGUCCUUUAGUUUGUUUAAAAGUGAUUUAUUGGUUACUAACCAGUUUACCAGCCAACACUGCAUGUCACACAAUCACCUGUUUUGUUGCCUUUUUUAUGUUACAUAUGCAUCAGUAUAUAUAUGAUCUGUAUAUACCUCUUGGAAACUGAUAAAUGCCAUUUCUUACAAAAAAUG